AUGGCAGACGACGAAAGCAGCUCGACGUCUGACGAAAGUUUAGACGUGACAAGUGACAAAUUUGACCCGAUAAAAGCUCUCUAUUCCACGAAGCUCAAGCUUUCCAAGUCGAAAGCGCCUAUUUACGACAACGUUUGCAAGUUCGUAAAUGUAAUAACCGGUAGAGACGAAAAAUCGAAAAGAAAAGAUAAGACCGUGGGCAGCGAGCAAGGAGAAUGUUCAAGACGAUUUUUACCCCAUCAAGAGCCAGUAGCCGGCAAGAGGAGGCCAGGGAGAGAGGAGUGGAGUACAGAGGGAAAGAACGUCCUCGCGAAAAUGCAAAGGACCCUGGGCCCGUUAGGAAUGCUACACGGAUGCAUGGAAAACCGCGCUCGCGUUAAGGUCUACACCAGGAACGCGCGCGGCAUAAGGGGACACGUGGAGGCAUACGUGGCCGCCUUCGACAAGCACUGGAACCUCGCGCUCGAGGACUGCUUCGAGGUUUGGACCCGUAAAGUCAAGAGGAAAGCACCUGCUCUUGGUGGUCCGUGUGACGCGAACUACAGGAAAGAAGACACCGCGCCCAAAGUGGUCGUGAAGAAGAUCAGACACGUGCCGCAAAUGCUGCUGAGGGGAGAACAGGUCGCUAUAAUCGUCAAAAUCAAUUGA